UGGCGCGAAACACACGGAUGGUCUCCACCCUGCUUCGCCUCCUUCGCAAAAAUCUACUUUUCGGCCCGAGCAACGUUUCCCCGCCGUCCACAUUCACGCAGGGGAGAGAAAUGGCCACGCAGAAGCUGAUAGCCAACUUUUUCAAGCCGGUCAACAAGCGUGUGAGCGGAGAGACCGAGGAUACGCAGGUGGCAAAGAAGCCAAAGAUUUUAGAAGGAAAGGAGAAUGAAACGGGAGAAAACAAUGCUCCAGGCUCUCCAACAAGAUCAUCAUCACCGGAUUCGAACGCCUGCCUCAGUCCAGAGCAGAAAGAUCGCAUGCAGAACAACAAGUUAAAGGCUGAGAUAAAGCAGGCAAGCAGAAAAUUUGGUGCGCUCCAUGAGAACAUUGGAACAAGUUGGUUUUCUGCUUUGAAGAGCGAGUUUUCUAAGCCAUAUUUUGAGAAGCUUAGCCUUUUCCUGGAUGGCGAACGCAAGAGGUCAACAAUCUUUCCUCCAGCCGAACAGGUAUAUUCCUGGACACACCACUGCGAGCUGCGAGAGGUGAAGGUAGUCAUCUUAGGCCAGGACCCAUACCAUGGGCCAAGGCAAGCUCAUGGUCUCUGCUUUAGUGUCCAGAAGGGCGUCUCACCACCACCAAGUUUGUUGAAUAUGUACAAAGAGCUUGAAUCGGAUAUCGAAGGCUUUCAGCGACCUUCUCAUGGGCACCUAAUUGGCUGGGCAAAACAAGGUGUUUUGCUUCUCAAUGCUUGCCUGACGGUGCGCUCCCACAAUGCUAAUUCCCACAAGGACCAAGGCUGGGAGAAGUUCACCGAUUCAGUCAUCAAGGCGGUGUCAGAUCGCAACAAGGGUGUCGUGUUUCUCCUGUGGGGUUCUUAUGCACAGAAAAAAGCUGCUGUUGUAGAUAAGAAGAAACACCACCUCUUGAACACAACUCAUCCGUCUCCCCUUUCAGCCCAUCGAGGUUUCUUGGGAUGCAAACACUUCUCGAAGUGUAAUGAAAUUCUCGAGAAAGAAGGCAAAAGGCCAAUUGACUGGACUUACUUGCCUCUAGAAAUGUAGAAUUUGUCAUUGAUUUGUUCAUUUUACAGAUUUAAGAUUUUAGUCGAGUUUUGCCUUUGGACUAUGAGAAUAUUUGUAAUUGUUCUCAUAACAGAAAUAAUUGUUUGUGUUACAAAGGUUACUCAAGUCAAACAUUCUGAAAAGUUAAUCACUUAGUUACAUUUUUUAAAAAUAAUUAUUAUUUACUACUAGUAAGGGUAAUUGUUAAAAUUCAAUGCAGGAAAGUGACUGCAUUUGAUAUUUACUUUGCAGAGUUUAAAUGUUUUGACUACAUUUGAAAUUACAAAUUGUACAAAAUUGUGUCCUUUUUUUUUUUUUUUUGCCAGUAUUCAAGAUCUUUGAAAUUAUGUAAUUAAUAGGGCAUUGUGUAGAGAUGUUGCUCAAGAAUUUCUGCCAGUACUUUCCAGGAAAAAAUGGUGCCAACAAAAUUCCUUAUGAAGGUGAAUGUAUGUCCAGUGCCAUUUACAAUGUUUACCAAAAGGCUUUUAUUAAGUUGUACAUACUAGGAUGUAAUUGUUUUCUGUUUUUUAAAAAAAUGUUUCAUUUAAAGUUAGUUUCAUAACUUUUUUUACUUUUAUAAUAAAGUUUGCAGCAUUGCUUUUUAUAAAAACAUUUUUCAUUGGAUCCUGAAUAUAGUUUUUGGAACCUUUUUAAGUAUAUAUUAAUAUUCAAGACAAUUAUAUACUCUUUGCUUUUUACUUGGCAUAAAUUACAAGGAAGCAAAUUUGAAUGAUUAUGAGAAAAAUGGCAAAAAUAUCUCAGGAGUCAAAGUUCCAGACCUAAGGAAUCUUAGCAAAGUCUAACCCAACCUGUGACUAUUUUGUGUGCUCUGAUUAAUGUUUAUAAAAUGUUAUAAGGGGAUCAUGUCUGCACGAUGUUUUUUUUUUACAUUUUCUCACUAAGUGGAAAUUAGUGUAAAUUGUUUGCUUCCCACAUUUUCUCAGGGAAAAGUUUUUGUAAUUGCAGCAGGGACCUUGUAGCAGCAUUUUUCAAAACGUCAAUAUUUGUAAUUGAGUAUAGUGUAAUAUAGCCACCUGAAAUAGCAGGAGUAUAAAAAUUAUUAUCUACAUAUGGUAAUGAUUUCAUAUGUUAAUGUUUUCUUUGUUUAAGACGUAUUAGAAUUACUUCAACUGAACAAGAUGUUUGCAUUGGGGAAACAAUGUGAUAUAAAAGAAGAGAGCUAUACCAUUCAAGUAUAAGCAAUUUUUUUAGACCACUCCGUAUUAUUGAUAUGCAUGAAGAAACUUCCCAUCCACUUCUAUAACUCCUUUCCUGCACAUGCAUCUUCCCUUUUUAUAUCAAAUGUCCAUGCCAUCAUAACCUUUGUUCUUGUGCUAUCUUUGACAUUUCUCUAGAGUUGGAUUAUCCCUCUUAUUCUUCCUGACCAUUGUCUGGAAACUUCCUCUCACUCCAUCAUUAAUUUCCUUACUGUAUAACACUAAGCAUAUUUUUUUUCAUUUUCUCUUAAUCAGCUUCCAUACCCUCAAAACCCCCUCUUGUUGUCAUGGGGGGCUUGGGAGAAGGAGACGGAGUCCCAAUGCUGGGGACCUCCUCUACCUUGGGCCUUAUCCCUUGCCUCAACCAGUUUUGCAUGGUCUUUUCCCCUCCCCCUUUCCUUUUCCUUCUCUUCUCCAAUCCCUUUUUCUGUCCACUUCCUAAGAUGUGAGAACAUCUUGCCCACUCUUGUCGUGGAGGGCUUGGAGAUGGAGACUGAGGCCAAGCAAAAGGGAUGACUUCAGACCUUUGCCCUUGCCUCAACUAAUUUUGCAUGGGUUCCAUUCACAGCCAUUCUGAUUGUUCAUGCCUUGUCAUAGUUAAAUCUGAAGCCCAGGCACUACUACCCUGGUUGACCUCACUGAUAAACCUAUUCCUGCCCAACCUCACGCCUCCCUAAAUACUUGUACUGGGACUGUUUCCAUCUCCCUGGCUGAUUGCCCUAAGACAAGGAUUGGUCAGACUAUAAAAAAUGACUUGCUUACCUUUCUCAUUUACUUUGAUGCAGUAUCCGUUCAGUGCUACACUAUUUCCCCCAGAGGCUGCCGAAAGUCACCAGCCCAGUGAAGUUUAUAUUGCUGGAGAGUCUUGUCCUGUCUGAACACGAUUUUGACCAACCUGCUAAGCACUGUCGCUCUGCAGCCUGCUACCCUCUGUGUACCUAACCUAGCUAUGGUUGUUCAAACUGCCCUAUGCAGUCACGCAAGUGUGCUGAUUGUGGUGGCUCCCAUAAUAUAUUUUAUAAGGGCUGCCUUGCCUACAAAUUUAAGUCUGAGGUAGCAGUUCUCAGAUUCAGCUUUGGCCUCACUUUACAUGAGGCCAGAUAGAAAGCAAGUGGAUGAAGUUUUUCUCUUGUUCCUUAUUCCAGUGUUGUCCUUUGCUCUGCCCCUCCCACUUCUCCCAGAGAUGUUUCUACAUCUUGAGUAACUCUUCUACUCCUACUCUUUAUGUUUCCACUUCUACCUUCUUCCUCUCCCAGUCAAAUUUUUUGCUAUUCAAAAUCCAGACACUCCAAUCUCUACUUCCCUGGUGCCUACCCCUCCUCAUCACUCUAUUCAUCACAUCAAACUAUCAAAAUGUUCCACCUCAUCUCCUACCAUAUCCCCUCCUACACCUGCCUUUUUCUCUGCCCCUGAAAUGUCUGUCCUCUCUUCUCCACCUCAGAAGGCAACAUUUAUUUCUCAGACCUCCACAACCAACUCCAUUUCAGAAACUCAUGAUCCAAGAUAACAUACUUAUUAUACCCCUUAUAUCCUCCAAACUCUUAGCUCCCAUUCUAUCUUCACUCAAAGUGACUACCGAAAACCAUCCUCCUCCUACUCCCUUCCCUCCAGCUUCAUCUACAUAACCCCCCUUCCUUCCCUGUUAUCUCUUCCACUCCCUCAUGGAUGCACAAUUGACUCCCCUCAACCUCUCCCUCCUUGCCCUUAACCCACUCUUUCCUCUUGCUAAUCCUUAUCCCAUGGACAUCAUUGCAGAAUCCCACACUUUUUCUUUUGACAACUUUGAUCUAAUCACCCUUUUGCUAGUCCCAAUGUAUUUACUCGCCCGCUCUACCCUUACCCCUCUAUACCCUUUCAAGAUCAGGCUAUCCUAAAUUGCUGUACCACUUUUGAUGUAUCACAUUAAAUCUGUACCCUUUUCACUGUUACACCUUUCUAUAGUGCUGUAUGAGCUUUGAUGUUUAGCACAUUUAAUUUGCUUUGUAACCAUUAACCAAACAUCCAUAAUUAGUUAGGGACAGUCCCAACCUUAAUUGGGUUCCACCUGCUAUCACAUUAUUUCUAUAUUAUGGCCUUGUUCCAUCAUCAGCAGACAUAUUUUUUGGUACUACUUUCCUCAUAAACCCCACCCCCACUUUGUGCCUUGUUGCUUUGUUGAAUGCUCCUAUAAUCCUGUCCUUUUUCCAAUGUUUUUCCUUCAACUGGUCUCACAUUAAAAUUGCAACAGUGAUCCCCUUUCCAAGAGGGAGCACACUUUCCACUGCCAAAUCAAUUUUUUCAUGUUAAUUCUGCUAUGAUUCAUUGCAUGGGAUGUCUCUCUACUCAUUCAGCAAUUUUUCUGGAUUUGCCAACUUCCUUUACCACUCUACUCUAAACUCCACUACCCUUGCAUUUCAUCCAAAAGUCUCCUCUCUCCAUUUUUUUUUUUUUUUUUUUGGAAAUGAAAAAAAGUUGUUUUAUCCUCUUACUUUUUUCAUCCUUCCAAGGUUACUGAUACCAAUAUGCUGUUCUCAUGAUAAAAGUAAAUUACGAAAAAAAAAGAAAUUUUCUGAAUAUGAUUUUAUUAACUUAUUUUCAUGACAAACAAAGUAAAGUAAAAUAAGGUUACUUACUGCCAAAUAAAUUGUUAGUGAGCAACACCUUCCACAAAAUGUACUUCAGAAAUGUCAUAAGUAUCUUUAAGUAUAGCUUGGCAUGGAUUUAUCUUCUCUGACUUUCUUAAUGCAAUAUCUACCAAAUAAAUGCUUUAAAAAUACAACCUGAAGGGAGAAGUACCACUAAGGCUGCACCCAUAACUUGCUUUUAACCCACUGAUGCUGGGAUAAGGGUACAUGCCAUGUCCAUUACAUUUUUUUAAAAUUAAUUUUCUUUACACAUAGAUAGCUCUACAAGUCAAUUGCAACUAUUAUUGGUCACACCUGUUUACCCUUCUUGAUUUUGGGCAAGAUUCAAAAAAAUAUAUUUUGCUAUUAGAAUUGUUAAUAUCUUUAUAAUAAUUGUAAUGUCAAUAUUGAUAAUAACAGCAUGGAUACUAAAAGCACUAAAAUUUCCUUCUUCCCAAAACUUCAAGGAAAGGGGGAAUCUGGUGAGGUUCUACUGAUUGACUCCUUAAUAACUGAGCAUUUGUGGAGCCAUUUAUGUCCAAACAAAAUUCACAAAAGAAAACUACAGUCAACAAUAUGAUUACCCAGCAGCAAAGGGUUAAUAAUGAAAAGCUUCUGGCAAUAUUUUCUCUACUAUGAAUAAAGAUGGAAUAGCUACUGGGAAUUGGGAAAACUCUGUAUAAUAAUCCUGCCCUUUUUAUCUACAGUAAAUUAAUGUAGAAAACAUUCAUAUGUAUCUUAAAAUGUGUAUAAUUUCUAAUUAGCGUCACCACACUAAUAUAAAUAGAAAUCACCCUUAAGCUUACAUGGAAUGAAUGAAAAACAAAUCAUCUGUUAUAGUGUGUAUACUUUGAUCACAUUUCAAAGAAAAUUUUUUUGUGGAUGUAUAUUUUUUUUUCAUUUUAAUAAUCAUGGUUCUUCCAAAGAAGAAAAAGAGAGGGAAGAGGGAAGGAGAGAGAGGAAUGAGAAUAAAGUGUAAGUACAAGG